AUGCUGAAAGAUACGUUGGCGAGACUGAAAAGUACGUCUGACGCUUUAAAGAGAUCCAACUCGAAAUGGAAGGUGUUUGAUUUACUUAAAAAACCGCCACAAACUGACGCCGAGGUGAGUGUGGAAGACCCUGGGGAGGUUCUUGGUGAAGACAUGGUCAACAAUUGCCAAUGUUGUGAUACUGUGGUGAUUUUUCCUAAAACUUUUCCCAAAUACCGAUGUCUGGUUUGUAACACAACCAACAUAAUAAUUGGUACUGUUGAUGAUUUGUAUCCCGAUAAAGAAGUGCCACAUCCCAUGUCACUUAGUCACAUCAAGAAGCUUAUCGAGCGGUGCUUGCAGACUGCCGAACAGUGUAAAAGGUCAAAUCAACCAAUAUCGACCCACGACAUAUUUGAACCCUUAUCUUCCUAUCUUCAUCAAGCAUGCCGAACUUUUGCUUGUUUAAACUCUUCGUUCAAGAUCAAAAAGUCAAGUAGAAAGGUGCACAGAUCUGGCCCCAAUAUCAAAUCCGAUGACGUUAAAGAGGCAUUCAUGCUACUCACUAAGCUACCUACUUCGCGACCAUUAUAUCUGGCGCUUCUGGGUCUUUCGUCUUUGUUAAAGCGAGUCUACCUCUCAAUGCCAGAUGACCCAAAGAACCUUUACUGGAUCAUGAUUGUUCUCGAGAUUCCGUUUCUCUCACAUGCUUUAAUCCAUACGGAGAAAAAGUCAAUGCUGCCUGUUCCAAUGCUAGCCGUGGCAGAAAUAAGAGCCAUGUGCUACGAUAUUGUGAAGCGUUUGAUAGGCAUACUAUCUCAUUCCAUGUCACCCGCGGCAACACCUUAUCUUAGCAGCUGGUUUGCUAGGAUGGACUUUCUCAAAUUUGCAUCUAAAGUUGACUUGAUCAACUUGUACAUAACUUUUCAUCUAAAAAAGUACUUUUUGAUGGCCAACAACCCAGAGGUUUCCAGACGAGGAAGCGCAACAGGGUCCCAUCCUCGGUUGCACCCCACCGAUAGAGAAUACUUUGAGAGCUCGGUAUUGAAAAAUGAUAUAGAAGCAGAGCAAGAGGGCCGUUUGAUCUCCACCAACUUACCUCCCAAUACUUCAAAGAAGGGGAAGAAAGACACCAAGGUUCGUAUACAUCAGUAUGGAACUGACUGGCAUCUCAAGACAGCCUGUAUGGUUUUAUUAUUUUGCUUUCGUGCCAAUCGAAUGAGACUCGAGACUGAUAGACUUCUAGUCAGUGCAUUCUAUAAUUCCCUUGUUGAUUUCGUCAAUAUCAAGUUGGAUUUUGACUUUUGGCAAUCAAGCAAGAAGUUUCUGAACACAAAGAAGAACCAGGAGCAGCCUGAAUUGCAGACUGUCAUUGACUAUAUUCACGGACAUAAUUCCUUCAAGUAUAACGAUAAGGCAUCGUUUUUCUUCUGCAACUAUCCAAUCUUGGUGUCCCUUGGUGGAAAGAUAACCAUCUUGGAAUACGAGGCGAGAAGACAGAUGGAACGCAAAGCAGAAGAAGCCUUUAUCGAUUCGCUCGAUAAAAAGAAGGUUUUCGACCUCUAUUUUAAGGUUAGGGUGCGCAGAGAGUAUAUUGUUCAGGACUCGUUACAUUGCAUUAAAACAAACACAGCUAAUUUGAAAAAGAGUCUUCGAGUUCAGUUUGUCAACGAGCCAGGAGUUGACGCUGGAGGAUUGAAAAAGGACUGGUUUUUGAAUUUGACAAAAGUGAUUUUCGAUCCUUCAGCAGGUAUGCUUACCAACGUCGACGAGUCCAACUUACUAUGGUUCAACCUUGUUCCUGUUGAUAAUCACGAGAUAUAUUACUUGUUCGGGUCUAUAUUGGGAUUGGCCAUCUACAACUCCACCAUAUUGGAUUUGAGGUUUCCUUCAGCUAUGUAUAAGCUACUUUUGGGUCAUCCAGUGGGGUUUGGUGAUUACCAGCAAUUGUUUCCCGAGUCAGCAAUAAACCUAAGCAAGCUACUCGAUUAUCCUCCUAAUGUUAUUGAGAGCCUUGGACUUACUUUUGAAGUAAAUUUCAAAGAUCUGUUUGGAAGACUCCGUCAGAAGGAACUAGUUGCGGGAGGUUCAAGAAGAUAUGUUUCUGACGAGAACAAACAUGAAUAUGUCGAGAGGUAUUGUCAAUUUUUCAUGUAUGACGGCAUAGCAAACCAAGUUCAAUUGUUUGUCAAAGGGUUUUCAACGGUUGUUAGCGGCAAUGCCCUUUCCCUUUUUCUGCCUGAAGAGAUUGAAUUGCUUCUUUGCGGAAACGAUGAAGGCAAGUUGAACGUUGAAAUUUUACGGUCCAUCACCAAGUACGUCGGCUUUAAUGGUGAGCCCAAUCAAAGCCAGCUAGUUACUUGGUUCUGGGAAUACGCCAAUGGACUCACGUACUCGCAACAGAAGAAAUUACUUCGGUUUGUCACUGGCUCUGACAGGGUCCCUGCGACUGGUCUACAAAAUAUGGCGUUCAAAAUCAGCAUGGCUGGAAGCCGCGAUACGGAAAGGCUUCCAAUAGCACAUACGUGCUUUAACGAAUUGGCACUUUACAACUACAAAAGCAAGGAGAAGAUGGUACGAAAGCUCAAUAUAGCCAUCAAUGAGAGUGCAGGAUUCGGCUUGAAGUAG